CUGGAAAAACUAUUUGACCAACUCUCUUCUUCUUCUACUUCUAAGUUUUUGUAUCGUAUCUCCGAUUUUCAGUUUCUUGUUCUUACUUUGCUUUGAAUCUUUCUUGAUUUCAAAGAUCCAUUUCUUAUAUUUUUCGAAAUAGGUUUCAUAGGCUAUCACAGAUUUUUGUAGAAUAAGAUCUGGUGUUAUGCAGAAGAGCAGGGAGAAAGUUAAAAGCGAGUUGAAUAGUAACAGUGAAAGAAUCAAAUGUUCUUAUCAUCCACUGAUCAAAGCUCUCCAAACAAUCCAUCAUCUUCUUCCAAUUUCUUACAUCUGACCAACUCUAGCGAUGAGUUAGGUCAAUCACAUCUUUCCAGUUUCUCCAUCAGAGAUUAUGCAUUUAGUCACCGGACCAAGGACAUCAAGAAAAGUUGGCCUUUUUCCUCAACAAGUUUGCAACUUUGUUUGAAACAUGGCUUAACUGAUCCAUUGCCACCGAUUCAGCUUCUCGGCUCUGUGAAAACCCCCACGGUACAUCCUCCUGAAGCUUCGUCAUUGAAGACGCCAAACUCAACUCAUGUUGAAGCGACAAGCUACAAGAGAAAGUUAGAAAGACUUGGUUCCAAUCAUACGUUAGCAGAGACUAAACAAGGCUUUGAGAAUGCUUAUUUGACGAGUGGUUCGAAAUCCGAAAUACAAGUAGCUACCGUUAACAAGAACCCCAGAAAGAAGUGUGGGUUAAUAGUGAAAACUGGAGCUUGUGUGGAUAGUGGAUCAAAAGAAGGUCAAAGUUGUCACUUUGCGGCUUCUGAGUCUAUGGCUUUGAGAACUUGUCCCAUCUGCAAAACAUUCUCGUCUGCUUCUAACACCACUUUAAAUGCGCACAUUGAUCAGUGUCUGUCUGUUGACUCGGGACAGCAGCCAAUUAGUAAGCCGAACAAGCCUAGGAAUAAGCCACGGUUGAAAGUUAAAUCGAUAACUGAUAUCUACGCUGCUGCAAAAAGAUGCACAUUAGAAGAUCUUGAUAUAAGAAAUGGAACAAAAUGGGCUGUGAUUUCGAGCUACUCUAACCGAGUUGCGUCUGAUGAUAAGCCUGAAGUGUCCAACAAAGGGAAGAAGCGGAGCAUGUUGCAUGUUCGCAUUGAUGAAGAUGAUGCUGGCAUUGGACCUGUUUACAUUGAUGCUAAGGGCCAAAAACUGCGGAUUUUGUCUGAGUUUAACGAGAAAGCUUCUGAUCCACCAAGAGAGCAAGAAGAUGUCAGUGAGAAGAAAUCUUCUAGUGAAGGUAAAGGGAAUCACAAAAGCUUUAGGAAAAGACUUCGAGAAAAGAAGUAUUACAAGCAUUGUAAAGUUGUUCCUCAAAGCAAAAAACUCACUAUUCGUAAAGGCAAUGCUUCAGAGAUACCUGAGUAUCAAAGAGGAUAUUCUGAAGAUGGUAGAGGCAUGGAGAGGUCAGAAACUCCAGGUACAACUCAGCGUAGGAUCUUCAACCAGCGGAUGCUAACAAAACGUCGUCUUUCAAGGAAUGAAAAUAGGAUAGGGAGAAAAAGUGAUCAGCCAUCCGAGAAUGAGCAUUCAUUGUUAGCAGAUCCUCUUAUGUUAAGAGGUCCAAGUCAUGCGAGUACUGAUUUAUCCGAGACAGUUUCUUCUCCUUUAAAGAGUCAAAAUUCAUGGAGAAUUUGUGGGGAGAGCCUAGUCACUGGAAAGCGCAGUAAAAGCGCAUCAUUUGGAGCAAAUCCCUUGAGAUGUUCAAGACCUGUGGAUAAGGUGUUUGCAUCCGAGACAAAGGGCUUUAUGAAGUUGAAGAAAGCUCGGUUGGAUUUCUCGGAGAAUGAAGAUGAAGAUGAAGAGGAAGAUUCAGGGAGAUGGGAGUCUGAAAUGACUCAAGAACGUGAACUGGCAGAUUAUGAUGAUUGGGAUGAUAAUGAAGAAACUGAUAAGGUCUUACUAAGCUCAAAUCCUUCAUUUAGUGGCCAAGACAAUGACUAUGAAAGCUAUGAAGGCACUGGUAACAACAAAGGAGAAGAUGAUAUGUUGGACAGAACAAAUGUUGCAGAGGCUGAGUUUGAAAGCAUGAUUUACGAGAAAACUGGUUGUGAAACUGCAGAACGAGGAAGCUCAUUUAUGGAGGUUGAUCCCAUUCCUAUUCCAGGACCUCCAGGGUCAUUUCUACAGAGUCCUUGGGAUAUGGGGAUUGAUGCAGUUGAAAAUCAUGGAAACUCCUCAGUUAUAACAAGCCAGGUCCAAUCUUCCCAAGAUCAGCUUGAUCUCACUGACAGAAAUUCAUCGGAAUCACCUGUUUCAGCAAUAUCAAACUUUGCAGCUCCUGAAACACAGACACUCAGUCUUCAUAACAUCAUCACUACUGACAAGAGACCUUCCAGAUUUAGAGACAGUGAUCAGUCAUGUUGUUGCCAAAGAAAGGAGAUAGCUUUUGAGGAUACAACAUUUGGGCAACCGGGGACAACACACAUGAUCCAACAAGAUUUGGACCUCUUGAGUAAGUCUGUUCCCGCGGUUUCUUCAAAUUCCAACCCGGUUUUGCGACUAAUGGGAAAGGAUUUGAUGGUUAUUAACCAAAGAGAAGAGACCUCACAUGGAGAUUCAAGUCUAAAACCAACUUCUCAGUUUAUAGAUCUCUCUAAGACACAACAAGUGUCUCCUCCUGUUCAUCUUCUUCAUCGUCCUUAUGGUGGAAGCGGUUUGUAUUUCGAUACCAGCACAAGCUUCUACAACAUUCCAUGAAAAUUCAAAUCAAGACCUCUACAUUUCUCAAAGCUUCUACAUUCCAUGACAAUUCAAUUUCCUAUGCUUGAGAUCUCUUGAGAAGUUUUCUCCUCAACAUUCAACCUCAAGAUUUCAUGACUCACUUAUAAAGAGGUUGAGAAGAAUCUCAAGAGGCUGCUUUGAAGAAAUGGUGAUAUAACUCUCUUUGAAUCUACCUAAAUUCAUAGGAUAUUGAGAACUCCACUAAGGUAAAGGACCCCACUUUUUUUGUUACUUUUAAUCUGGUUACAAAGGGGUGAAAUAUAAAUAUGGAAGUUAUUAUAAUGUUAUGAAAACGAAAUUUAAAUAAA